AUGACUGUUGAUGAGAAGGCUAGAGUGGAGGAUGCGGAGGUGGGAAGCCAUCAAGACUCAGGCGAAGAGUAUGAGGUUUUCAAGAAAACCGAGGAUGGUGUCAGCUUCCGCGGUGUCGGCUGGUUCAAGGCGUGCAUUAUCUUCGUGAAGGUUCUCUUUGCGACAGGUGUGUUGUCGCUGCCAUCCUCGCUGUACUCUCUUGGUGCAGUGGGUGGCUCGCUCAGUAUCGUUGCCUGGGGCAUAUUCAACACAUACUCUUUCGUGAUCCUUGGUAACUUCCGCAAGAAGCAUCCUCAUUGCCACUCUAUUGCCGAUAUGGCUGAGGUUGCCGGUGGUUGGUUUGCAAAGGAACUCACUGGUCUACUGUUUCUCAUCGGCUAUGUCCUUGUCACUGGCAGCGGUAUCAUCGGAGUUUCGACAGCUUUGAACGCUCUCUCCCAUCACUCUGCGUGCACGGUCUGGUGGUCUCUGAUUGCAGCAGUGGUGAUUGUUGCGACAGCUUCGGUCCGCAAGCUCCAGCAUGUGGGCUGGCUCACAUAUGCGGGAUUCAUCUCGAUCUAUGCCGCGGUCCUGAUCGUUGUCAUCGGAGUCACCACACGCGACCGGCCGGCUGCCGCGCCUCAAGAGGGUCCCUAUGAGCUUGGCUUUGUCGCUAUCAAUAAUCCUGGAUUUGCAGUUGGAAUGGUUGCUUCCAGCACUAUUUUUGUUUCCACCGCUGGUACAAGUGCCUUCAUCCCAGUGAUGUCGGAGAUGCGAAACCCGAAAGACUACAAGAAAGCACUUUACCUGUGCAUGAUUAUAGUCAAUGCGUCUUACCUUGCUUUCAGUUUGGUUGUCUACCGCUGGUGUGGACAAUGGGUGGCGAGUCCUUCAUUGGGUAGCGCCGGACAAACGAUCAAAAUGGUGUCUUACGGUGUUGCGCUGAUAGGAUUGGUCAUGAGCGCGACAAUCUACUUACAUAUUGCUGCCAAGUACAUAUUUGUCCGUAUCUUGGCUAACACACGCCAUUUACAGGCUAACACGGUCGUUCAUUGGGGUACCUGGAUGGCCUGUACCAUCAUUCUUGGUGCUCUUUCCUUCAUCCUCAGCGAGACUAUCCCUAUCUUCAACUAUCUGGUUGCGUUGAUCGGGUCGGUUUGCUUCGCGCCCCUUGCCAUUUGUCUUCCUGGCUUUUUGUGGCUGCACAGCAACAGCCACUACCGGAAGGGUUCCCUUCUGCAGAAGGUGGUUUAUCUCCUGCACUGGGGGAUGGUUCUGCUCGGACUUUUCUUCCUUGUUGGUGCGACAUAUGGUGUCGUCAUUCAGAUCAUUGAUGCUUACGCCACAGGGGCCAUUGGUGGCACUUUCAGCUGCGCUGAUAACUCGAACUCGUCUUAA